AAGCCACUGAAGGUAGAAAGAAUUUUCGGUCAUUCUACUGAUCAAAUGAAUGAGAGGUCAGUAUUUUACAAAUUAAUGAAAAAUACUUCCGAUCUUCUUUUUCUAGCCGACUCGUACAUCUCAGUUGUUGUGAAACUUCUCAAAGCUGAAUACAAAAGGCGCUCACAGUUAAGACCACUUCUUUGGGAUAGCACCAUCGAGUUACCCCUGAAUGACGUCUAUACAAGACUUAAAAUCGUUUCAAGGCGAAAAGCAGACUUCCGGGUGGAUGAUAACGAGGUAAAUGUGUUGGACAUCUUCAGAGCUCUUGACAAAGGUGAGGAUGUUAUGACGCUUGUUGAAGGGAGUCCAGGAAUCGGUAAAACUACGUUUUGCCUUAAACUUGCUUAUGACUGGGCACAUGGAAAAAUCCCAGCCGAGUGUUCUUUUCCCAAAUUCGAGAUCGUGUUGCUUUUGAAAUGUCGAGACAUACAUGAAGAUAUAAUGGAAACCAUCAGUGAACAACUGUUGCCAGAAGAUAUGGAGGAGAAGACUAAAGAAAGACUAUUUGAUUUCAUUAAGGACUUUCAUCACCAGGAGAAAACUUUAAUCCUUUUGGACGGUUUGGAUGAGCUUCCCAAAGAUUCCGAACGUUAUGUAGAUAAACUGCUUCAAAGAAGAAUUUUAUCAUUUUGUUAUGUUUUGGCUACCUCCAGACAAGAGAGGGGAAUUGAUGUACGGAAAAGGUACGGUUUCGAUAUCCUCUUGGAGAUUAAAGGAUUCACCGAGAGUGAUGCUUUUGAUUAUAUCCGAAAACAUUUUAAAAAUGUUGGUCCCUUGCAUUCAUCAAAGGGAGAAAGUCUCAUUAAGGAAAUGGAAGAAAACACUCUGUUACAUGCCCUGCGAAAUAAUCCUCUAAAUUUACUUCUUCUUUGUGUUAUUUAUGAGGACUAUGAGGGGAAUUUGCCAUCUUCCCGUUCUGAGCUCUACCAAGUUAUUGUACUGUGCCUUUUAAGGAGACUUUGCGUUAAACACAAUCUAGAGGCUCCUAAAGAAAACAGCGCCUUAGAGAAACAAUUUGAAGAGACCAUUCUUGCACUUGGAGAGUUAGCUUGGUUGUGUUUGCUGAGUGAUCGCUAUUGUUUUCUUGAAAGUGAAUUAGUUGCGCUUGAAAGAAGAUACAAAGGAUUAGUAUCUCGUCACGUAGGCCUAGUUUACAAAGAAGAAAGUCUGAGCAGGUUAAAGCCUCAACAUGAGUACUAUUUUCUUCACAAGACCUUCCAAGAGUACCUGGCUGCCGCCUUUAUUGCUCACAAGUUGCGGGGAAACCAGUUGAGGUUGUUUGAGCGUCUUAGUUUUCAUGAACUAGUGAAAAAGUAUCGAGAAGUGUUUCUUUUUGUUUCCGGUAUACUUGGGAGAGAUGCAAGCAUUUUAUUCGCUCAGAUUGGCGAGGAGCUAAAAAACUGGGGAAAAUGGGACUGGGUCCGGUGCACACAGUCUGAAGUGGUGACAGUGGAUGACCGAGAGAGGGAAGAUGACUGGUAUGACCGUGACAACGACGACGAGGGGGACCAAGGCUGGGAAGCAGCAACUUUCCUUACGAAAAGCAUCAGUGAAACUGGACAUGCUGAAAAAAUGGCAGAGACCUUUUGUUUCUGCUUACCGUUUCCCGCGCAUGUUGAGAUUUCCCUUCCUUCCAGUUAUAAUAUUUAUCACGUUUUAGAGGCCUUUAGAAAGUUUUCAAAUGUGCAGAAGCCAGUUUGCCUUACGUUUCAUGAUCGACUCAGGCUGAAAGACAGUGACUAUCAGACUGUUGUAGAGUACAUACAAUUUUGCUCUGAGCUUCAGACUCUUAGCAUUUUUACCCCUGCGAUGAAAUCAGAUCUAGCCAUAGCCCUACGUAACGGCUUAUCCGGAAACAUGACUUUAUCAGAGUUUACUCUUGAAGUGUGUGGCAGUAUCCCUUGUGACGCAGCUCUUGUCAUCGGUGAAUUGUUGGCUUCACGUAAAUCGUUGAAGACCGUAAAAUUUCUACUUCGUAGAGUGCAAGGCGUAGCUUGGGCCAGUGCUAUUGAAACUGGAUUGUCUGCUGACACUCUUUUGUCGUCUGUGAGCCUCAGCGUUCGUUGGUCAUUGAGUGAUACCGCGGUCCACGCAUUAGGAAAGCUGUUAUCAAAUGAAGCUGUAACCUCAUUUUCCCUAAAUAUUUUUGGGGAUAUGCAAGAUUUCCUAGCUACUAUUAUCGGUAAAGGGAUCGCACAACAACCCUCAUUAAAGUCGUUCAAUCUUGGCGUCAAUGGCAACCUUAGUAAUUUUGCUGUUAAUGUCCUAGAAAAAGGUCUUUUAGAAAAUCAUACUCUAAAGGAUUUGAAAAUGACUGUCCGAGGAAGAGUUCCAGACAACUGGCAAGCUCUUCCGGAACGUGUUCGGUUGGGAAAUAAUGCGUUAGUUACUUUAAGUGUUUACCCAGGUUCGUGCAGAAGAAUAACGCAUAAUCAAUUGGCUUAUUUUUGUCCUGGUCCGGAUGUGGUCGAGAAAGGCUUUCAGACGAAACAACAUUUAACUGUAGUCCAUUGGGGUGAGUUGAGUUGUGAUGCGGGAGAAGCUCUAUUUGAAGCCUUGGUACUUUCCCCACUGACAAGCCUUACUUUAAAAGUGCAUGGAAAAUUAACUUAUAGAGUGGCUAAUUGCAUUGCAAGAUAUAUUAGACGACACAAGACACUUUGCUCCAUGACGAUUGAUGUUUGGGGGGAAUUGGACCCAGGAACAGGGACUAUUCUUCAGGGACUAUCGGAUAACCAUGUAAAUGUCGAGGUAAAUGUUCAUGACGUCUGUGUCGUCCCAGACGAAUCGUGCAAUGGCCUUGAUGUCUGUAUUGACAGUACUGAAUCACUUCCGUCAGUACUCAAUACAAUCAAGAAUACCAGAGAGGAAAAGAUCAAAUUAAAAAUCGUUAACGACGAUGGUGCAAGUAAAGACUGGACAAACCUUGUUGGUGAUGCUUUGGCAGAAAACAAGACAGUAACCGCGCUCGAUGUUACGAUCAACAACUUCAUAAUAAACCCGACAGCAGACUUAGGGAAUGAACUUGGGGAGAGUUUGUUGCGAAGCUCUUCUCUGACAGUUUUAAAUCUCGCAAUCAACAACUACAGUAACAUGGCAAAAGGCUGGGAAUGUAGAUUGGUGAACUGCUUGGCCAAGGUGACUUCAUUAACUACACUCAGUCUCGCAAUUGAAGAUCAUGGUGCGCAGAGGACAGCAGAAGAAAGUUUGGGUGAGAGUUUGAUGGCAAUGACUUCACUGUCUACACUUUCCGUUGUAAUCAAUGGCAGGAAUUUGGAUGAAUUCUGGAGUUGCUUUUUGCGAAACUGUUUGGUGGAAAACACUUCAUUGUCCAUACUCUGUGUCACAGUUAACAACUACAAAAACAACAACGAGAAUGAAAACGAGAACGACAACGACAACGAUUCGGUUGAUUCGUUUUGUUACGUGUCAGCUGUCUCCGAUGAGUCUGAAUACUGGUAUAAAGGUCUGGCUGAUGGCUUAGCGCGAACUGCAUCAUUAAACGAAUUAACUCUGACAAUAAACGAUGACACCUCUCCUUGUGACUACUGGAUACAAAGUGUGUGUGAAGGAUUGGAAGAAAACGAGACAGUAACUUCUCUUACUGUGACAACCAGCAGUGAUGCCGGUUCCGUAUUUUGUGAGAUGUGGGUCUCUGACCUGCGUGAUGGUUUAGCGUUAAACAAGUCAUUAACUACACUCACCCUUAUAAUAAAUGUGUACUCUGAAGGUGAGCGGCUGAAAGGCUAUGACCCAUACUUCGAUGAAGCGAUGAACCAUAUGAACACAUCGUUUAGUACACUCAAUCUGACCAUCAACGUCUGCAGAGAAGCCACUGCAGACUGGUUACCCAAUAUUUGCCGCCUUCUAGAGAAGAGGUCUUCGUUGACAACAUUUAGAUUGAACGUUAACAACCAUUGCGCUACAAAUGAA